AUGCUCGUCCUGCAAUUUCUCCCGCAAACCCACGUGACCUCUUUCACUAUCUACCUGAUUGUCAUCGCCACCGGGAAUAUCGUCAUCAUGGUGGUCAUGCGACCCAUCGGUGUGAUGAACUCCUACACCGGCAUCUGGCCAGGCGGACGGCCACUGUGUGCGGCAUACACUUACGCUCAGUUUGUCGUUAGUAUGAUCCCCGUACUGCUGCAUGUCCUCAUCGCCGUCAACCGUUUAUGGGCGGUCACUUACCCCGUCCAUUAUCGUGCGCGUCAUAAUAAAAAAGUGGCUUUAUUGUUAUGCCUCGGCGUAAUGGUCUACGUCCACAUGGUGCACUUUCCGAUUUUCUUGCUAGAAUUCUACUAUUUCGGUCCAGCGGGGAAGCAGACGGGCUGCCAGCCGGGGGAGGGCGGGAUCAUACAGUGGCGUCGCGCCGAUUUUAUUAUCCAUCGGAUCGUGCCGCUUUUUACCAUACUUACUAUUUACAUCUACGUCAUUAUUAAGCGCUGGUUGAACCGACGCAUUAUUGCACACCAACCGGAAACGCAUCCCAGUGCGGAUGCUGAUACGCCGAACGCUGAUACCGCGGGGAGAAAAUCUAUAAGCCGCUUGAAUCGCCGACAGCAGGAUGGCAUGGGUAUACGACGCCGGACAGUGAAGCCGUUUAUCGUUUUGGCCCUGACGUUCAUCAACGUUAUUGUCUGCUGGGUCCCGGCAGAUACCGACUGGGCGCUACUAUAUUUGAAUAUGCGACCGCCGGCCUGGGCGCACCUUAACGGGGACUUUGUACUCGUUGCAGAUGGUGUUCGACCCGUUGAUGUGGCUGUUCAGCGUACGAUAACACCUGCUCAUCAAUAG